CGCCAAUCUGGGUCAGUCGAAUAUCGAUUAGCUCAUCCUUGACUUUGGUGCUCCAACGUCCCUCUGUUCAAGAUUCUAUACAACACACGCUGUUGCGGCGGGCAGCAUCGUCAAUGGCAUCGACUUUCACCACCUUUCCGCACCUGCGAUCUGCUACUCCGCGAAGCUUCAACGAAUGCAGCAGGUGUCUGGCAAGGGUAAAUGCAGCCUUCAAUCCCGUGCUUGGACGUAUCAACCAGCGAUCAACCGCGCAUCUUGCGAAGAGCCUGUCUGGGCGCCGGCCUCAACUUAUAACUGUCAAUGCUUUGCAAGGGAAGUCGCGAGUAAUCCCGACGCCCAAUCGAAUAGUACGGAACGUCAGCACACAAGCGCACAAAGCAAAACCGAAUUUCCGCGAUGAUGGACAAUCCCGCAGCAAGAAACAUUUUCCUACCGUCAGCGAUAAGAUUGUGGCAUACUGGCUGCUUGGAAGCGCAGCAAGUGUCUUCGGCAUAGUGGUUUUUGGAGGGCUCACUCGUCUUACCGAGUCCGGGCUCAGUAUUACAGAAUGGCGGCCCGUAGCAGGAUCCCUACCGCCCAUGUCAGCUGAGGCUUGGGGGUCUGAGUUCUCCAAAUAUCGAGAUUCGCCUGAGUUCCAGCUACUCAAUCCCCGAAUGACCCUCGACGAGUUCAAACAAAUAUACUGGAUGGAAUGGGGCCACAGACUGUGGGGUCGAGUGAUCGGAGUCACUUUUAUAGUUCCUACGGCAUACUUUAUAGCAAGAGGCAUGGUGUCCGCUCGAAUGGCGGUCCGUUUGGUCGGUAUAUCUGGUCUGAUUGGCUUCCAAGGAUUCCUUGGAUGGUGGAUGGUCAAGAGUGGUCUCAAGGACGAUCUCUUUGCAUCAGGGAGCCAUCCUCGUGUCAGUCAAUACCGCUUGACCGCACAUCUUGGUACUGCGUUCUUGGUAUACGCUUCGAUGGUCGCCUCUGGUCUCGAUAUUCUUAGGGAAAGGCGCUGGUUCUAUAUGCUCCUCAUUGAAAGAUCGAAGCGCCUGGCGGUGCUCGGGAAGCACAGUGUACGCCCACGACUACGACUGUUUCAGAACUUGAGUGUGGCACUUAUUGGUCUUAUAUUCACGACUGCGAUGUCGGGUGGUCUUGUGGCCGGUCUUGAUGCUGGGCUAAUCUACAACGAAUUUCCGCACAUGGGCCAAGGCUUUACACCGCCGAAGAAGGAGCUCUUCGAUCCUUUCUACAGUCACAGACCCGACAACUCUGAUCUCUGGUGGCGAAAUAUGCUUGAGAACCCCUCUCUGGUACAACUGGAACACCGCAUGUUGGCAACGACGACCUUCACCGCCGUCAUGGCCCUCUUUGCGUUCUCACGAUUCGCCAAUAACCGCCAUGUCAUUCCCAAAGGCUGUCAUAGAGCUAUACUUGGCAUGGCCUAUCUUGUAACACUUCAAGCUACGCUUGGCAUCAGCACACUCAUCUAUCUUGUUCCUACGUGGCUCGCGUCGCUGCACCAGGCUGGCAGUCUGGCUCUACUCACCGGAGCUAUCGUCUUAUCAAGCAGGACGAGAUUACCGGCGCAUACCAUCAAGAAUUUGAGAGAGGCACACAAUAUCCAGACCCUUCUUCGCCCUAACCGUGACCUCCGAUCGACUCUUAUGAAGAAUAGAUUUUUUAACAAGGACUAUGUUCCAUAAGAACAACUCCACCCCAUGUAAACUACCUUGCUUCUUUGUACAUAACGUGCAUCCGAGAUACUGCUAUUCAGAUCUCGUGCGCAGUUUACCUCCCCGAAUGAACAUGUACAUUAUCAUAGAGGUCAUUGUCUCUCUAGCACUCGGCUUAAGGCCAAUCCUGCAUCAGUACUUACAUUCGAUAAACAUCCGACGUUCAAAUUAUAUCCCAGUCGAGCUUACAGUCUGGGAUGAGUAUAUAGCACAAAUAAGC